AUGGCGGAUCCAGAGGUCUGCUGCUUCCUCACCAAGCUCUUGUGCAAGAACAAGUCGGGGUCCUCGGAUGUCCAGGGUUUGAGCCAGAAGAUCGGCUGGUCGGAGGCGCAGCUAAGCCAGAUCCUGCAGGAGGCCAGGCCCGAGCGCUUCCUGCUGGUGGAGGACGAGGACCCCUCCGUGGCCAUGGCGGUGGCUGUGAGUCCCUUGCGCCUCUGCGGCUACUACCUGAGGGACGAGUGUGACAGCUGUGAGAGGCUACACCUUUGUAAACUGUUCGUGCAGGAUAGGUGCAGGUAUAAAAAGCAGGGGUACAAAUGCAGAUUUUCCCAUGAUAUUCAUUUGCCUGGGAAUAGCAAAAUCCUGAAAAAUAAUGCACUUUUUGCUAUCAAUGAAUCAGAGCUUAAAGUCCUGCUUUAUCAGAAUGAUCCUUCCCUUUUGCCUGAGGUCUGUCCCUUCUAUAGCAGAGGUGAAGGGCCUCAUGGAUCCUGCAACCUCCAGGAUAACUGCACGAAGCUCCAUGUUUGUAAGCAUUUCAUUUGGAGAGAAUGUCGGUUUCAAAAGUGCAAGCGAUCUCAUGAUCUACAUACUGAAAAUGCGAUGAAAUUACUGAGGGAUCAAGGAUUGAAUGCCUCCACCAUCUUGAACAUUCAGAGAAUCUGCAAGUUUAAGCAUGGAGAGAUCUGCAAGUCCUUUGACAAGAAGAAAGCUUCUGCCUGCCUGCCACCACCAUCUGCUUCAGACAGCCACUUCUCCCGGCCCCACCCUGGCUGCCCACUCUGCUUGGCCCUGCUUGUCUGCACUCUGGCUCUGGCCCCGGCCCUGCUCACCCCAGCCCCAGACUCAGGAGCUCGACCCCAGCCGGCUCAUCACCCAGAUCUUUGGAGCACAUAG